AUGACAGCAAUGCUGAGCCCAAAGAUCAGACAGACCAGGAGAGCCAGGUCCAAGAGCAUGGUGAUGGGCGAGGUGUCGCGGGGCUCGUGCCGACCGGCCUCCCCCAGCCUCCAAGAGGGGGCCCUGAAGGCAGGCUGGCUGAAGAAGCAGCGCAGCAUCAUGAAGAACUGGCAGCUGCGAUGGUUUGUGCUGCGCUCGGAUCAGCUCUACUUCUACAAAGACGAGGAGGAAACCAAACCACAGGGCUGCAUACCUCUGCAGGGAUGCCAGGUGAAUGAACUGACCGCUAACCCGGAUGAACCAGGAAGACAUCUAUUUGAGAUCGUACCAGGUGGAACAGGAGAGAAGGACCGGGCCCCAAUCAGCCAUGAAUCCUUCCUGCUCAUGGCAAACUCUCAGACAGACAUGGAUGACUGGGUCAAGGCCAUACGGCGGGUCAUCUGGGCGCCUUUUGGAGGAGGGAUAUUUGGCCAGCGUCUAGAAGACACGGUGCAGUAUGAGAAGAAGUUUGGCCCCCGGCUGGCACCCCUGCUGGUGGAGCAGUGCGUGGACUUCAUCAGGGAGAGGGGUUUGGACGAGGAGGGUCUCUUUAGGAUGCCAGGACAGGCCAACCUGGUCAAAGAGCUGCAGGAGGCCUUCGACUGCGGGGACAAGCCUCUGUUUGACAGUAACACAGAUGUCCACACGGUGGCAUCCUUGCUUAAGUUGUACCUGCGAGAGCUGCCUGAACCAGUCAUUCCCUUCUCCAAAUAUGAAGACUUUCUAACCUGUGCACAGCUUUUGGCCAAAGAUGAGGAGGAGGGGGUCCAGGAACUUGGAAAGCAAGUUAGCACUCUACCUCUACCUAACUACAAUCUCCUCAAGUACAUAUGCAAAUUCCUCGAUGAGGUCCAGUCCCACUGUAAUGAGAACAAAAUGAGCGUGCAGAAUCUUGCCACAGUAUUUGGACCAAAUAUCCUUCGACCCAAGAUGGAGGACCCGGUCACUAUCAUGGAAGGAACCUCUCUGGUCCAACACCUGAUGACAGUCCUCAUUAGGGAACACAACCGCUUGUACUCAGGGAGGGACCAGGAGGGACCCGCCACACCCCAAACAGAACUCCCUGUCCAGGGGCAUCAGCUUCAACAUCGUAGCCUGGGAGCCUGGAUCUCUGAGGAGGAUCUUCAGAGUUGCCCGGUCUCUAACCCCGACCAAGAGCUGCACAGCAGUGCCUCAUCUCUGGAUGCCAAACUGUGUGCAGCCGUCACACCCACCCAGACCCCAAACCCAAACCCUGGACCAAAACUGGGGUCUUCAUCAGGGAAGGGAGAGACGGUGGUCAGCCCGAGUAAACAAGCCAAGGCCAUGCCUUCCUGGAAGUACUCAUUUAAAAGCUCCUCUGCACCACGUUCUCAGCCACAAGCUAAGCAAAGCAGCGGCUCCGUGACAGAUGCAACUAGUGUAUCUUCUGGUGGGGGAGGAGGAGGAGGUGGAGGUGGUGGUGGAGGUAACUGGCUCAUGAAUGGUUUGUCCUCUUUGAGGGGACACCGGCGCACGUCUUCAGGUGAGCGGUCUGCCCGUGACCGAGACUCCACCGGCUCCUCACAGAGACUGUCCACCUACGACAAUGUCACCUCCUCCUCCAGCAUGGGGAGCGUACCAAGCGUCUCCAGCACACCGUGGUCCACCUCUUCCUGCGAGAUCUCCGUCCCUGACUCUGGAAGUGAGCCUUCAGCAAACCAAAACUGUGGAGCAGGGGGUGAAAGUGGCGAAAAGGGGGAGUGGAUGGAGAGCCAGAGGGAGAUUGACAGAGGAAGGGAUGGAGGAAUGAUGACAGACCCGAGCUCUGAGCAGGACAGCUGCGAGGCCAUGGAGCUGUGCAGCAGCAGUGCAGCCUGCAGUGAGAAUGGAAACAUGGCCGUGGCAGCUGGUGUGCCUUCUAUUAUCAUGUCUGAGGAUGGAGACGGGGUAACUCUAACGCUGAGCAGUCUGGUGGAAGGACUGAAGGAUGAGUUGAGGAAACAGAAGACCGCCUAUGAGGCAAGGAUACAAAAACUGGAAGAGUCCAGUGCUGCUCUGUGUGCACAGAUGGAGCGUUUGGAACAAGAGAUGGAGCAGGAAAGGAAGAAGCAACGCAUGCUUGAGAUCAAACUACGAAAUAGUGAACGUGCAAGAGAGGAUGCAGAGAACCGCAACCGGCUCCUGGAGAAGGAGAUGGAGGAUUUCUUUUCCACACUAGGAGAUCUGGCCCUGGGUGCGAGGACUAGCGACAUUUGAUACAUCGAGGCUGUCCGUUGGCCAAAGCCGUGGCUGUCAUCAGGGUUUAUAUUUUAGGGGCUGAGUGUCUUUUAACAUCUUCCUCAGUGCAUCAGGGCGUUCCUUUAAAAGAAGAACAAAACAAGAAAAUAUAGGAACCGGCCAUAUUUGUGUACAUUCGGGACAAAGUUAAAGGGAACUGACAUAUGGAGAUGAUAGAGGAAAUUCUGAAGGAAGUAAAUAUCAAAGUGGGACUGAGCGUGCAGUCCUUGUCAGAAUCAUCUCCAUUAAGGACCAGGUUUUGACUUUCUUAGGCAUGCUUGAACUGGAACGUUAAGACGGUACUCCUGUGAUUACACUCCUUGUGAUGGGUCUCGGGUUUGUGUGGUGAAGGCAGUAUUUUAACAGUUUGGACGCCUGUAUUUGACCAGUGGAACGUAAUGUAAUUUCUCAGACAUUCUCUGUAUUGGAGAGCACUGACUUCUUCAACCACUACUUUACAAGGAUACUAAGUGAAUAGAUUCUGUGCUUAAACUGUAAGACCUGUUAUUAGAGGCGUUAAUAUUGAGUGCCGACAGCUGACUGAUAUUUAUCUGAUAUUUAUCUUUAAGGAAUAGUUUGACAUUUUGGGAAACAUCUUUAUUUGCUUUUUUGCUGACAGUUAUUUGUCUGUACGUCAAAUGUAAAGCUAGAGAUACUAGCCACUUAGCCUAGCUAAACACAAAGACAGAAAACAUGGAAAGCUAUCCUGGUUAAAACAUGUUAAAAUAAUCUGCUUACCAACACCUCUGCACCUAACUAAUAAUAUUAUGUCUCAUUCAUACUUACAAAAACCCCAAGUUGCAGUUUAACAUGAAGUUCCAGGCUUUAUGCUAACCUAAUCUGACUCUAGCUUUAUAUUUAGUGUACAGACAUGAGAGUGGUAUCAAUCUUCUCAUUGAACUCUCAGGAAGAAAACAAAUAAAGUUGAUUCCCAGAUGCCUUGUAACUUUACAGUGAGUUUGCCCAAAUUACAACAAAAACUUUGCUUUUUCUUUGGCUGGAUUUGAAGAUAGGAAAGAGUUCUAUAAAUUAUCCAGAGUAACAGGUUCGGUUUCAGGACAGAGAUGUGGAUAAGUUGUAAUUUAUUUUAAAUGUGAGUUGUUGUUUUUUUAUGCAGUGAGCACUAGAAAAUGAAAUUCAAAUUAUCUCCAUUUUUAUUCCUUUUUUGGAUGGAAUCUGAGACAGAUAUCUUAAAAGCUUAUCAAAUGAAACCAAACCUAUAAGCAUGGCUAGACACAGCUAGGGUUUUGGAAGACUUUUUUUUUUGUAAUUUGGGAGAGCUGACUCUAACAGCAGUGGUAGCUUUAGCAGAGGUCCCUCCACUUUAUUUAUCCUCCCAUCUUUUAUUUGUACUGCAGACACUGCUUCCUGUUUUACUGCAGAGUUCGGCUUGUACAUCAUAACACAAAAGCAGGUUCAGAAAACAAGAUCUUCCAGAUUAUUCCUUUUGGUAACAGAGCCAAACUGAGGCAGUAAGAGCUGGGACCUCUGCUAUAGCUGCCUCUAUACUCCUCUUUGUCCUCAGGCCUUUCCAGUGCCUCUCUCUUCACCAUCUACAUGGUUUCCAUGUACAGUCGAUGGCAGAGCCUCAGCUUUCAGGUUCACUCCGAACCUCACAGAUGUCAGUAUACCUUUAAUGUACAGUUAAUACAACAGGGACAAUGAAAACAGAUAUUCAAGCAUUUUCAACUUAGCGCAUGCUGCCUCGUACACAGGACAGUGUGGCUCGGUAGGUGAAGACCAUUUACGGUACAUGUUAAAUACCAAAGCUGCACCGCCUCAGCUGUUCCCUCACUAAAGAUCAGAAUGGCCUGCCUGGAAGCCAUGUUGAUUUUGGCACAUGAAGCUGAACACUGCCCUCAAAAAAACAAUGGAAUUUCCUGGUUGUGCCUUCAGGGAAGUGUUUUUAAAUAGGAAAAAUGUAGUGUUGCUUGCUUGUCCAGAGAUGUAGUGCAUAUAUUCCCCCACAGUGCACACAGUGGCUGCAUUGUUUGUUUUUUAUUUUUAAUAUGGCAACGAACUGCUGAAGAUAAAUAACUUGAUCUCCCUAGAAGGUGCCAAUUCUUGUGAAAGUGAAUUGUGAAUUGAAUGGAAGUUUUGAAUUAAGAAUGUAUACUUGUAGUGAAUGUAAUGUGUUGUUGAUGAAACCAGCCCGCUGGGGGGAAAAAAAAAAAUGGAAACGAUAAACAGAGGGAAAAAAAUAAUUCUAAUUUCUUCCAGUUCUUCAAACCACAUUUCUGCUUUUGGCAGUGCUGAAUAUGAGACGUAUUAUGGGAUGCAUCACACAGACCCGCAACACAUCGGGUAGCUGUGAUGUGCUGUUAAUAAUCCACUGGAUGAUUAACACUUAAUUUUAUGUUUCCAAAAUGAAGAGGUGCAGAUAGCUGUUUUGUGAGAAUUGCAUGUGGUUACAUUGCUGAAAAUGUCUGGUUUUUUUUUUUUAGCAACUUAUCACCAAUCAGAAGAUUGUCCAGAAGUGGCUUAAGUGACACUUGUUUCUUUAAGGGCACUACAGUUUAAGUGUAAGUGUGCUGUUGGUUGGACAAUGUGUAUUUUUCUUUUUUCUUUUGUUCUUUUUUUUACAUUUUCUAAAGAAACAUAACACCUAUGAUAUUACAUUAUGCUCUUUAAUUGCACAGUUCAUGCCAUCAUCUGCUGCUGCUUAUCCCACAGGUGGUGGGCUCCUGGGAUGCGGUGCCGUCUGGAGUGGGGGCUCAGGCCCGAGAGACUGAGUCUCGUGCUCUACCAGCUGAGCUAACCGGGCGGUUAAUUGCACAGGUUUACAAGGUAAUUAUCCUUUAAGGCAGAGGUAUCCAGACUGAUCCACAAAGGGCCGUGUGGCUGCAGGUUUUUGUUCCAACCAAUCAUGAGCACACAGUUUGACCAAUCAACUGUCUGAAGACUGAGAUCAGUUGAUUAAAGGAGUCAAGUAUGGUGUGCUGCUGCUUGGUUGGACCAAAAACCUCUGCUUUAAGGCUUCACUAUGGACUGCCACUACCACAGUCCACAGUAUGAUGGUAUAAAUCUAUAGCAGGUUCUUAGAUUCCAACAGACAUUUAUUUUCCUCUUAUGUAUGUCUCAUGAUUAAGACUGAGUGUUUCUUAUUUCUCUGCUGAUCAUCUAUGGUGCUUAUUUAUUAUGGAUUUCCAAUAUUGUAAUGAAUGGACAUGUAUGGGAAUAAAGGUGAUAA